CACACAACGACAGACACACGCGACAAUGUCAGAUCCAGAUCCACCUGCAAAGCCCUACCGUAGGCGAUACCUGGAUGCGCUAAAAGACUUCGAGAACGGCGAUAUGGAAAAGUGCAUUGUAGUGACGAAGUUCAACUUGUCGGACAUCACUCUUCCUCCUUACUACGUUAUUAAAAACUGCAUUCUUCUUGCUAGCGCUCUCGACAAUUGGGAUGAUGCCGAUGUCUGGAGACUUGCGGCAGAGCAGGCAUACAUCACGAGUUUCCGCGAAGCAAAUCGAAAACAGGACACAAACUCACUCGAGACACUACAAGAUUUGCGCGCCGAGUUAGACACGUUGAACAAGUUCAGACAGGAAGACAUGGCCAUAUUGGUUGACGACGAAACGAGCAACUCUGACAUGAGUGGCGAGGAAGACGAAGACGAAGACGAAGACGAAGAUAAGGAUGAAGGUGCGGCUGAGUUGGAAGACGGAGCGUCACUCGCUGUGGCUAAGGAUGAGGAUGAGUUAGCGUCGCGCUGAAAGCUAGAAGUAAGGUUAUCGUCCAAACAAGCAAUAAUAUCCCAACUAUAUGUCUGAAGUUAAUUGGGAAACAUGGAGCCUCUAGCUCAUCUCGUGCAAGCAUCUUAGGUAUGGACUGGACUUCGAAGGCUUCAGAGGAUGAUGAAUGAAGCAAGCUGUACUUUACUGUGGUCACUG